GUAGAACAACGUUCAAAACCUCCGAGGUGCGAUCGAAUCGCCCCCUCUUUACCGUAAUCCUCGUCGCCAACAUCAAGUAUUCAUGAACCUGAUGUCGAGUUGAUUUCUGUUCGCCUCCCUAAUGCUAAGGUCCAAUCUCCACGCCGCUGGAGCAGCAUGAGCCGACGUGCAGCGGCGGUGAUUCUCUUCCAGUCUCCUGCCGUUUUCUCCUUGUUUGGCGUCAAACGCUGUUUCUUGCCGAUUCAAUCACCGAUUUCCCUCGGCAAUCCCUUGAAGAGGCCCCGCCUUCACCACUUCAGCACCGGUAGUAGCUGUUCCUCACCCCGCGAUGAUUUGGAUGGAUUAGUCGAUGCGGAGUUCGGAUUUCUGCCCAACGGUGAGUCUGCCGAUCGACAGGAUCAUCAGGAGGGAUCAAUCUCGCUGAAAGACUUCGCCUUUUUACACGAAGCCGCUGCUGGAGACCAUGAGGCCCACUAUGAGAAGUCUGCUGGUUCAGGAAACUUCUCCGAGGAUGCCAUUUUGAUCGUCAAUGCUAUUAGGGCAUGUGGAAGUGACUUUGAUCACAAGACGAUGGAGACACUUAGGCAAUUCAGAGGAAAAUUGAACGAGUCAUUGGUGAUUGAGGUAUUAAGGUUAAUCAAAACUCCUGAUUUGUCUCUCAGAUUCUUUAUUUGGGCUGGUCGGCAGAUUGGCUAUAGCCACACGGAUUCAGUGUAUGAUGUAUUGAUAGAAAUUUUAGGCUUUGAUAAGAAGAACAGAGUUCCUCAGGAUUUUCUUAGAGAAAUUGAACAGGAUGACCAAGAAAUUCUUGAGAGGUUGCUAAAUGUUUUGGUAAGGAAGUGCUGUCAUAAUGGUUUUUGGAAUGAUGCUCUGGAAGAGCUUGGUCGUUUGAAGGAUUUUGGAUACAAGCCGUCCAAGGUGACAUACAAUGCUUUGCUGCAAGUUCUUUUGAGUGCAGACCAACUAGGUCCAGCUUUUUUGGUACAUAAAGAGAUGUCUGAUGCAGGAUUUGGUUUGAACAGGUUCACAAUAGGCUGCUAUGCCCAAUCUUUGUGUAAAGCAGGACGGUGGGUUGAAGCUAUUAAUAUUAUAGAGAGAGAAGAUUUUACUCUAGAUACAGUGUUAUCUACUCAAAUGAUUAGUGGAUUGUUGGAAGCUUCUCUUUUUGAAGAAGCCAUGUCUUUCCUUCAUAGGAUGAGGUCUAAUUCAUAUGUCCCUAAUGUUGUGACAUAUCAGACAUUGCUUUCAGGGUUUCUCAAGAAGAAGCAGCUUGGUUGGUGUAAGAGAAUUAUUAAAAUGAUGAUUACAGAGGGUUGCAAUCCAAGCCCAUCUUUGUUUAAUUCUCUAAUGCACGGAUACUGUUCUACCAAAGACUAUGCUUAUGCAUAUAAGCUAUUAAAGAAGAUGAUUGCUUGUGGUUGUCAACCAGGCUAUGUGACCUAUAACAUAUUUAUUGGGGGAGUAUGUGGAAAUAAAGAGUUCCCAAGUUCUGAAUUGCUGGAGUUGGCAGAACAUGCAUACGAGGAGAUGCUGAAUGCAGGAUUUGUGCUAAACAAAAUAAAUGUGGGCAAUUUUGCACAAUGUCUUUGUCACAUGGGGAAAUUUGAUAAGGCAUUUCAGAUUAUAAAGGAGAUGAUGGGAAAGGGAUUUGCUCCUGAUUGUAACACAUACACAAAGGUUAUUGAUGUUCUUUGCCAAGCAAGUAAAUUAGAGGAGGCUUUCCUUUUAUUUCAAGAAAUGAAGAAGAAUGAUGUUGUGCCUGAUGUUUAUACAUAUACAAUUUUAAUCGACACUUUUUGCAAGGUGGGGCUAAUUAAACAGGCUAGUAGAUGGUUCAAUGAAAUGCAGAUAAAUGGUUGUACCCCAAAUGUAGUGACUUAUACUGCACUUAUACAUGCUUACUUGAAAACAAAACAAGUCUCCAAGGCUAAUGAACUUUUCAAGAGCAUGAUUAGCAUGGGUUGUAUUCCAAACGUCAUCACCUACACUGCAUUGAUUGAUGGUCUUUGCAAGGCUGGAGAGAUUGAUGGUGCUUGUCAUAUCUAUGCUAGGAUGAGAGGAGAUUGUGAGAAAAUUACUGACAAUUACUUUAAUGAUGGAAGCAUUGAAAUCUUAGAGCCAAAUGUUUUUACAUAUGGUGCAUUGGUUGAUGGCUUAUGUAAAGCUCAUAAAGUAGUUGAGGCUCGUGAUUUACUCAAUGCAAUGUCAUCUGCUGGUUGUGAUCCUAAUCAGAUUGUUUAUGAUGCCCUCAUUGAUGGGUUUUGCAAGGUUGGCAAACUUGAUGAUGCACAGGAGGUAUUUGUUAGAAUGUCUCAAAAUGGUUAUAUUCCUAGUGUAUAUACAUACAGCUCCCUUAUUGAUAGGUUAUUUAAGGAUAAACGUCUCGAUCUUGCUUUGAAAGUUCUCUCCAAAAUGUUAGAGAGCUCUUGUUCUCCAAAUGUCGUCACAUAUACUGAGAUGAUUGAUGGCCUUUGUAAGGUAGGUAAAACAGAGGAGGCCCAUAAGCUUUUAAUUAUGAUGGAAGAAAAAGGAUGUAUUCCGAAUGUCGUGACUUACACCGCCCUGAUAGAUGGGUUUGGGAAAGCAUGUAAAAUCGAUAUGUGCUUAGAGCUUUUUAGACAAAUGACUGCAAAGAGUUGUGCCCCAAAUUUUAUCACUUACAGAAUAUUGAUAAACCAUUGUUGCACUGCUGGCCUUCUUGAUGUCGCUCACAAGCUUCUGGAGGAGAUGAAGCAGACUUAUUGGCCAAGGCACAUAUCCAGUUAUUCUAAUGUCAUCCAAGGAUUCAGCAAGAAGUUUAUUAGUUCACUUGGCCUCUUAGAUGAGAUAACAAACUAUAAAACGAUACCACUUGCUCCUGUUUACAACAUUCUAAUAUUUAGUUUCUCAAAAGCUGGUAAUCUGGAAAGGGCUAUGGAAUUGCACAGAGAGAUAGAAGGCAGUUUGUCAGGUUCAAGUGUUGCAAACAGAAAAAUGUACAGUUCAGUUAUUGAGGGCCUUUGUUUAUCAUCUCAGAUUGAGAAGGCCUUUGAUUUAUACAGUAAAAUGAUAACAAGAGGAUGUGUGCCGGAACUAGUAACUUUCUCUUACCUUGUUAAGGGACUCCUAAUGGCUAAUAAAUGGGAAGAAGGGCUCCAGCUUCUUUACUGUGCAUGCCACAUGGGUAUAGAUUGGCACUAUGAUGAACCAUCUGAUGGGAGCUAGACAUUCUUAUACUGCAUUCUUGUCUUGUUCCAUGUUCCCUUUAUGAAUAAUGGGAGCACACAUAACAUGGGAUUCCUUGGAUAACGCAUCACCAAAAACAAAAUUUUGAGAUGUUCCUUCUGCAUAACAAUGGUAUGCUUUUCCAAUUGCCAAUUAAUGUUAGCAACUCUGUGUUUUUUUAUGACACGACAUUAUUGUGUUCUGUGUUUUCAGACUACUCUACUUGCAUUGUUCACAAUUAAUAAACCAAAUCGCUUCAAAUGGUUAUACACAACAUCUUGGUAGUACUUCCAUCCAUCAGUGUAGAAAUUUGUCAUUUUAUCUCCUUUGCACUGAAACACCAUCCAAAUAACUAUUAGGUAAUGUUUUCUGUCUUUAUGGGAUACUUUGGUUGGCAAUGGACAUUAAUUAUCCAUUUUGUCCAGUAAUGAUUUUGCAAGUCAGUCAUGAUCAGCAGCAAGAUGACCAUGGUUGGAUCUCCAGCAAUAUUCCCUGCCUAAUAAGAUCCCUCUCCUCUAUACAUGAUGGCUGCAAUGUUUCAGAAGGGCAAUAUUCCAGUGGAAGAGGAUUAUCCAUUGAAACCAAGGGCAUCAUAGAGGAUUGCCACAAUACCAAGGAUAUCAUCUAUGCAGAAGAUGCCAUCACGUCAUCAGCCUAGGUAAUCUUGAAGAGGGGUAGAUGAGGGCUCUGAUUAAAAUGUCUUUUAUCAUCCAUCACCGGUGUUGAAUUCCUUCAAUAAAAAGCAUUAUGGAAAGAGGAUAGACUAUGUUGUUAUUAUCGAUUAGUCUAAGAGCCGAAACAUCAGAUUUAUUUGACAGGAAAGAGAUGCCAAAUAUUUCUGAACCUUGUGGAGUUCUGCAAUUUUGCCAUCAUUUAACUUGGAGUUCAGAAUCCAUUAUGAUGUUGGAUUUCAAAAGUCUAAAUUUGAACUCUACCUCCAGUCCGCUACUCCUUGAGCUCCUACUGCAUUGACUACUAUUGUUUUGAAUAAAGCAUGAAUGGAAUGCUCCCAUAGUUGUAUUCCUUUCAACAGAUUUUAUUCUACUUUAUUUUUCCUCGCUGCCUGAUGACAAUUAAAUACAUCGAGGGGAUCUGAGUGAUCAGUCAUUUUAGAAGCCUGAGGAAGGCUUUAAAUUGGAUUUACUGACAACACGCAGAAUCACUGAUAGAAAUAAGAGGCCGGAACCUCUGGUCCGCAUUUUAUGGACAAGGGGAUGGUCUGUUCACAUAUAUUGGUGUUAAUUGAUAGUCCCCAUUUAUUUUACAGGUGAGGGUCAUCAAUCCCAGUAAUACAUGUAAAAAAAAUCAUCUUCUUAUCUAUUUUUUGCGGACCAAAGAUCUCAGCUGGAAUAAUAGAGGUUCGCCUACUGCAAAAACUCUGACCGCCCUGAUGAAGCCUGUACAAACAUUCUGAAGCUUUGAAACAAAGCUAUUCAUUGUUUUUUUUUAAUAAAAAUAAUGCGUUUCAGACAAUA